AUGUUCAAAGAGACGCAAAUCCCAGCGCAGAAGAUCGUCGGAGGAAUCCAUUUUCCGGCGAUCGUGUCUCCGGAUCCGGCGACUCAGCUUGAUUUCCGGCGAUUCGUCGAUGGGGUGAAAGACCACCGUCCGCGGCUGGAGAAUCUACUCCACACCAGCGGUGCGCUUCUCUUAAGGGGAUUCCCUGUGAAGACAGCCGCGGAUUUCAACGCAGUCAUCGAGGCGUUUGGUUACGAGGAGCUUCCCUACGUCGGCGGUGCUGCUCCGCGGACAAGAGUUGUCGGAAGAGUCUUCACCGCGAAUGAAUCGCCGCCGGAUCAGAAGAUUCCAUUUCAUCAUGAGAUGGCCCAGGUUCCAGAGUACCCAUCAAAGCUAUUUUUCUUCUGCGAAGUGGAACCUAAAACUGGUGGGGAAACGCCUAUUGUUCUCAGCCACUAUAUUUAUGAGAGAAUGAAGGAAAAGCACCAAGAAUUUGUGGAGAAAUUAGAGAAUCAUGGUUUGAUCUAUACGAGAGUAUUAGGGACAGAAGAUGACCCUUCUUCUCCAAUUGGUCGUGGCUGGCAUUCAACUUUUCUAACCGAAGAUAAAAACGUAGCAGAGGAAAGAGCAGCUCGAUUGGGGAUGAAGCUGGAGUGGAUGGAAGACGGCGUUAAAACUAUAAUGGGUCCGAUACCUGCUAUUAAACUCGACCCGACGAGGGGGAGAAAAAUAUGGUUCAACAGUAUGGUUGCCGCUUAUACCGGUUGGAAAGAUUUGCGAAAUGAUCCCGUUAAAGCCGUAAAAUUUGGAGAUGGAACACCUUUGCCUUAUGAUAUUAUGUAUGAUUGCUUGGAUAUCCUUGAAAAAGAAUGUGUGGCCAUGCCUUGGAAGCAAGGAGACAUACUUCUAGUGGAUAAUUUAGCCGUCCUGCACUCCCGGCGAUCCUUCGAGCCGCCUCGACGCAUUCUCGCUUCGCUCUGUAAAUAGAGGUAUUCUAUCUUUUUAUUCUGCAUCAAAACUCAUUUGCAUCUUUAGAAUCAUUAAAUCUUAUGUAAAUCUUAUCAGGGUUGUAUUUGUAAUUGUCACAGCAUGUUUUGAUCUUAUCAGGGUUGUAUUUGUAAUUGUCACAGCAUGUUUUGUUCCUGCUUUUUAAUUUGCAAUUGUCAUUGUUUCUUUAGUACGGUGGGGGUUGGUGGGGGUCUUGAGGAUGUGUGGACAGGUAGCAUUCUGUAUUUUUAUGCCAAUAGUUAACUUUUGCAGUUUAUG